AUGAAAGGAUUUAGCGAAGAUGCAAAUUACUCCAUUGGCCUACUGGAUGAUACAGCAACUCCAAAAGAUGUCAUUAAAAUUACAUUUAUGAGCAUACUCUGACCGGAAAGAAUGCAUUUUUUGUUGCCGACCUUGGGAAAAUUGUCAGAAAGCACAUCGAAUGGCAAAAUACCAUGGGACGCAUCAAAUCAUUUUAUCCACUGAAGUGCAACUCCUCUCCAGCUGUGCUAGAGAUACUCUCCGCUCUUGGCGUGGGAUUUGUAUGUGCCAAUAAAAAUGAAAUGACAAUGGUGUAUGACUUGGGCAUCUCUAUGGAGAAUGUAAUUUAUACCAGUCCAUGCAAGCAGGUUGCAACAGAUCAAGCAUGCAGCCAAACUGGGAGUAAACAUUAUGACUUGUGAUAAUGAAUCGGAACUGAAGAAAAUUGCACGAAAUCAUCCUAAUGCCAAGCUAUUGCUACAUAUUGCAACAGAAGGCAUCACCGGUGAUGGAGAAAUGAACAUGGUGUUUGGCAGCACACUGAAGAACUGCAGACACCUCCUGGAAUGUGCUAAGGAGUGCGGUGUGCAAGUCAUUGGUGUGACGUUCCAUAUUUCAAGCUCCACCAGAGACCCCCAAGCAUACACUCAUGCUUUAUCUGAUGCUCGUUGUGUCUUUGAUAUGGCAGCUGAAUUUGGCUUUAAGAUGAAUUUACUGAACAUUGGAGGAUUAUCAGGGAAUGAGUUUCAGUUGGAAGAGCUUUUUCAUGCUGUCAGUCCUCUGCUGAGUGCAUACUUUCCUGAGGAAUCUGGGAUCGGAGUUAUUGCCGAGCCUGGAAGUUAUUACGUGUCAUCUGCGUUUACCCUGGCUGUAAACAUCAUUGCAAAGAAAGUAGAGAAUGAGCAGCAUCUUUCUGGAGGAAAGUACACCAGUACCAAGCCAGCUUUUAUUUAUUGCUUGAAUGAUGGAGUUUAUGGAUCUUUUUCACGUAAAUUAUCAGAGAGCUUAAAUACUGCUCCAGUGGUGCACAAGAAAUACAACGAAGAUGAGCAGCUUUUUGCUAGCACCCUUCUGGGUCCAUCUUAUGACGAGUUAGAUAUAAUUGUGGACCACUGUCUUCUGCCAGAACUGAAUGUUGGAGACUGGCUUGUGUUUGAGAACAUGGGCUCUGGUACAGUGAGCGAACAGUCUGCAUUUGCAGAUUUUGAACGACCGUCCCUGUAUAACUUCAUGUCAUUCAGUGACUGGUAUGAGAUUCAAGAUGCUGGGCUUACAUCAGACACCUUGAUGAGAAGCCUCUGUGUGCCUUGUUUUCAGUUUGGUGACGACAGUUUCUCCACUGUAGCUUAG